AUGGACUCUCAGCAGACGGACUUCAGGGCGCACAAUAUGCCCCUCAAACUCCCGAUGCCCGAGCCGGGCGAGCUGGAAGAGAGAUUCGCCGUUGUGCUGGAGCACUGGGUAUCUCCUCAAAAUGCCAGUCACAUCAAACCGAUGCACCCGACGUCUAUCCAUGGGGUGGAAGACAUGAUCCGCUUGGGGGAUCUGAAUGAGGCGGGCAUUCUGAGAAAUCUCCUGAUCCGAUAUCGGGAGCGCCUGAUUUAUACCUACACGGGCUCGAUAUUGGUGGCCGUAAAUCCCUACCAGCUGCUUCCCAUUUACUCCCCGGAGCAGAUCCGCCUCUACACCAACAAAAAGAUUGGGGAGAUGCCUCCGCAUAUUUUUGCCAUCGCAGACAAUUGCUACUUCAACAUGCAAAGGAACAACAAGGAUCAGUGCUGUAUUAUAAGUGGCGAGUCGGGCGCGGGGAAAACAGAAAGCACCAAACUCAUCCUGCAGUUCCUAGCGGCCAUCAGUGGCCAACACUCCUGGAUUGAACAGCAAGUGCUGGAAGCCAACCCCAUAUUGGAAGCUUUUGGAAAUGCAAAGACCAUUCGCAACGACAACUCCAGCCGGUUUGGUAAAUACAUCGACAUCCAUUUCAACAAGCGAGGUGCGAUUGAGGGAGCCAAAAUUGAGCAAUACCUGUUGGAGAAAUCCCGUGUUUGUCGACAGGCUCAAGAUGAGAGGAACUAUCACAUAUUUUAUUGCAUGCUGAAAGGAAUGACCUUGGAGCAGAAAAAAAUGCUGGGACUUAGAAAAGCAGCAGACUAUAACUAUCUUUCAAUGGGCAAUUGCAUUACUUGUGAUGGUAGAGACGAUAGCAAAGAAUACUCCAAUAUCCGAGCAGCAAUGAAAGUCCUGAUGUUCACUGACACGGAGAACUGGGAAAUUUCCAAGCUUUUGGCAUCCAUUCUCCAUAUGGGGAACCUGCGAUAUGAAGCCCGGAACUAUGACAACCUUGAUGCUUGUGAGGUCGUCCACUCUGCAUCUUUGAUAACUGCUGCUUUGUUACUGGAGGUUGAGCCUCAGGAUCUGAUGAACUGUCUCACUAGCCGGACGAUUAUUACCAGAGGAGAGACAGUGUCCACCCCACUCAGUAUGGAACAGGCAUUAGAUGUCCGAGAUGCAUUUGUAAAGGGUAUCUACGGCAGACUUUUCGUGUGGAUUGUGGAAAAGAUCAACGCGGCCAUUUACCGACCGCCUUCCCACGAGAACAAAAAUGUCCGGAGAUCCAUUGGAUUACUCGAUAUCUUUGGAUUUGAGAACUUCACAGUAAACAGUUUUGAGCAGCUCUGUAUUAAUUUUGCCAACGAGAACCUGCAGCAAUUCUUUGUCCGUCACGUCUUCAAAUUGGAGCAGGAAGAAUAUAAUCUGGAAAAUAUCAACUGGCAGCACAUUGAAUUCACAGACAAUCAGGACGCGCUGGAUAUGAUUGCCAUCAAACCGAUGAACUUAAUCUCUCUCAUUGAUGAAGAGAGCAAAUUCCCCAAGGGAACGGAUGCCACGAUGCUCCACAAGCUGAAUUCUCAGCACAAACUGAACAUCAAUUAUAUUCCUCCGAAAAACAAUCACGACACCCAUUUUGGCAUCAACCACUUUGCUGGAGUGGUAUACUAUGAAACAAAAGGGUUUCUGGAGAAAAACAGAGACACGCUCCAUGGGGAUAUUAUCCAGCUGGUUCAUUCCUCAAGAAACAAAUUCAUCAAGCAGAUUUUCCAGGCUGACGUAGCCAUGGUAAGAGCCACACAAAAGAGAUCGCCAACGUCCAGUUUGAAGGUAAAAUAAGUUCUGCCAGUCCUNAUGCGCACCCUCGGCGUCUGCCAGCCCUUCUUCGUCCGCUGCAUCAAGCCCAACGAGUACAAGAGGCCCAUGUUAUUUGACCGGGAGCUUUGUGUCCGCCAGCUGAGAUAUUCUGGGAUGAUGGAAACCAUCCGGAUCCGCAGGGCUGGCUAUCCAAUCCGGUACACCUUUGUGGAAUUUGUCGACCGGUACCGGGUUCUCAUGCCAGGAGUUAAACCCGCUUACAAGCAGGGGGAUCUGCAUGGAACAUGCCAGCGCAUUGCUGAAGCUGUGCUGGGCAAAGAUGAUGAUUGGCAGAUUGGCAAGACAAAGAUCUUCCUGAAGGAUCACCAUGAUAUGCUGUUGGAAAUUGAGCGGGACAAAGCCAUCACGGGCAAGGUUAUCCUCAUUCAGAAAGUAGUUCGUGGAUUUAAAGACAGAUCCCGUUUCCUGAAAGUGAGGAAUGCAGCGCUGAUGAUUCAACGGAACUGGAGGGGCUACAACUGUCGACGAAACUACGAGGCUAUGAGAAUCGGCUUCCUCAGGCUACAAGCCCUCUACCGUUCCCGCAAACUCCACCGGCAGUACCACAUGGCUCGCCAGCGCAUCAUCGAGUUCCAGGCAAGGUGCCGGGGGUUCCUGGUGCGCCGCGCCUUUCGCCAUCGCCUCUGGGCAGUCUUGACCAUCCAGGCAUAUGGAAGAGGAAUGAUUGCCCGCCGACUCUAUAAGCGCCUGAAGGGGGAGUAUCACCGACGUCUGGAGGCAGAAAAACUACGUCUGCUGGAAGAGGAGCGGCUGAGGAAGGAAAUGAGUGCAAAGAAGGCCAAGGAGGAAGCAGAAAAAAAACAUCAAUUGCGCCUGGCCCAGCUGGCUCGGGAAGAUGCUGAAAGAGAAAUCAAAGAAAAAGAGGAAGCUCGGCAGAAGAAGGAGCUGCUGCAGAAAAUGGAGAAGGCUCGGAACGAGCCUGUGAAUGACUCGGACAUGGUGGACAAAAUGUUUGGAUUCCUGGGAACGACGGCAUCUUUGCCGGGGCAGGAAGGACAAGCACCCGACGGCUUUGAGGAUCUUGAAAGAGCUGGAAAGGUGCUGGAAGAAGAUGACCUAGAUAUGGUGCUACCUUUGCCCGAGGAAGAAGAAGAGGACUUAUCUGAAUAUAAAUUUGCAAAAUUUGCUGCCACGUACUUCCAGGGCACAACCACACACACGUAUAUACGCCGACCUCUCAAACAACCUCUGUUGUACCACGAGGAUGAAGGAGACCAGUUGGCAGCCCUCGCGGUAUGGAUUACCAUCCUUCGCUUCAUGGGGGACCUCCCUGAACCCAAAUAUCACACCGCAAUGAGCGAUGGCAGCGAGAAGAUCCCAGUCAUGACCAAAAUUUAUGAGACCCUGGGGAAGAAGACCUACAAGAAGGAACUCCAGGCCCUUCAAAGCGAAGGAGAGAGUGCGCAUCUAGAUGGCCCUAAGAAGAGCAGCGUGCGACAGAAACUAGUCUCCCUGACCCUCAAGAAAAAAUCAAAGUUAACCGAAGAGGUGACCAAGCGCCUUCACGAUGGCGAGUCCACCGUCCAGGGGAACAGCAUGCUAGAGGACCGCCCGACCUCCAAUUUGGAGAAACUCCAUUUCAUUAUUGGUAACGGCAUCCUGAGGCCAACCUUAAGAGAUGAAAUUUACUGCCAAAUCUGCAAACAGCUGACCCAAAACCCUUCCAAAAACAGCCACGCCAGAGGAUGGAUCCUGGUGUCCUUAUGUGUGGGCUGCUUUGCCCCUUCUGAGAAAUUUGUCAAGUAUUUAAGGAACUUCAUCAUCGGGGGUCCCCCAGGGUAUGCUCCUUACUGUGAAGAGAGGCUCAGAAGGACGUUUGUCAAUGGGACCAGGACGCAGCCCCCAAGCUGGCUGGAGCUUCAGGUAGCCCUUUUGAAGGCGUGCGGUGGGCACGCUCACAAAAUGGUGGGCACGGGCCGUUUGGAAAUGACCAUCGGCCAGACGACAGAACGCUAA